AUGGCAGCCUAUAAAUGUAAUCGCUCGCACAGGAAAAAGCUCAACUCUGAGCUUGUGAAAGCCGUCAGCAGCUUAAGGAAGGAGAAUAUCCUUCUAAAGAAGACACUAGCUGAUGUGUCGGAUCAUCACAGACAACAUAAUAAGCUUGUGGAGAGACUCCUCGCUCUUGAAACUCUGCGGCUGGAGAGUUGUCAGCAUCUUCUGAAAAAAGAUGAAAAAACCUCUCCCUCCUCAGAGGAUCGCUGCCCCAAAGAAAAGCACUCUAUGGAUGGAGAUCCCCCAUCAGAACAGGUCUCCUCCAACGAUGAAGCUAUCUUACAUCUUCAAAAUGAUCUCAGUGAUGCUUUGGAAAAGAGCAAGCAGUGGCUGGAAUAUGACCAGCAGAGAGAGGCCUAUAUGAGGGCAAUUCUGGACAAAGUGUUAUGGCUGGAGAAGCAGCUGAGUGAAACCAAUCAGGCCCGCUCAAAGCAACACAAUGAGGAGCAUUCAGAUGAAGAGACACAAAAACAGAUUGAGGAAUGCAUUGAAAGCUAUGAGAAAGAGGUUGACGUCAAGCUGGAUAUGCUCAGAAAGCAAGAUAAGGUCUUUGAUCAGGUGCUGGUAACUGCUAAAGAGGAGGAAGAACAACAACUGAAGAAUGAGACUAAAGAGCUCCAAGCAAAGCUGAAGGAGGAGAGGAGAAGGUCUACAAACCUGGAGCUGCAGGCAAGCUUCUAUCAGAGGUACGUGUUAAACCAUCACUAUGCCGACCAAGAAGAAAUUGCAGACCUGAAAAGACAGAUAAAGAUUUCUGCACAAGACCUUGAGGAUGCAAAGCGGGACUCCUCAUAUUUAAAGAAGCAAAUGCUCAGAAUUCUGAAGAAGCUGCCAAAAACUAAAGGCCUUGACCCAAAACAGUCAAAGACGCACCAGCAGGACGUCAGCUCAUGUGAAGAGGGGAUGCCCCACAGAGACAGUCCAGAGUCCUCUUUUCACACCAGCAGGCUGGACCAAAGUUUCCUGGAGUGUCCCUCCUGCCAGGCCGAGUACCCAGCUAGUCAAUACCGACAACUCCUAGAGCACCUGGAGAUGUGUGUCGAGUGA